AUGGUUUACGUGCGCCAGGAUCGCCUCCCGGCGCUCAAGGAGUACAAGUACUCUGGUGUCGACCACUCUCUCACGAGCAAGUACAUUUUGAAGCCCUUUUACACAAAUGUGGUGAUCAAGAUGUUCCCCAUGAGCAUGGCGCCGAACCUGAUCACCCUCACGGGCUUCAUGUUUGUCGUUGCAAACUUUUUGACGCUGCUGUGGUACAGCCCGACCCUCGACCAGGACUGCCCCAGCUGGGUCUACUACUCGUGGGCAGUCGGUCUGUUCCUGUACCAGACCUUUGACGCUGUGGAUGGAUCUCAGGCCCGACGAACGCACCAGUCCGGUCCUCUAGGCGAGCUCUUCGACCACGGCGUCGAUGCUCUCAACACCUCUCUCGAAGUUCUCAUUUUCGCUGCCUCGCAGAACAUGGGCCAGGGCUGGAUGACCGUUUCCAUCCUCUUUUCUUCCCUUCUUACCUUUUACGUUCAGACUUGGGACGAGUACCACACCAAGACUCUGACCCUCGGCAUCGUCAACGGCCCCGUCGAGGGUGUUCUCAUCCUUGUCGGCGUGUACGCCCUGACCGGCUACUUGGGUGGUGCUUCCUUCUGGCAGCAGUCAAUGCUUCGCACGAUCGGUGUCCCGGAGUCGCUCAACAUCCCCUCCGCGCUGUAUGAGCUCUCGUUCACACAGUGGUACAUGGUUCAGGGCGCGCUUGUGCUGGUCUUUAACACGGUUGAGUCGGCGCGCAACGUCAUCCGCGCCCGCCGUGCCCGCGGCGACCGUUCCCGUGGCGCCCUCCUGGGACUUCUCCCCUUCUUCGGCAUCUGGGUGUUGGUCGUGGCCUACCUCUACCUGCAUCCGGCCAUCCUCAACGCCCACCUUGUACCCUUCGUCAUGUUCGCGGGUGUGGUGAACGCCUACUCUGUCGGCCAGAUGAUCACCGCGCACUUGGUCAAGCUCGACUUCCCCUACUGGAACGUGCUCGGCCUGCCGCUCGCUUUCGGUGUGGGCGACGCCUUGGGCCCCGUGCUGCAACAGUACACCGGCUUCGGAUGGCCCAGCGCUCUGGGUGACGACGUCUACCAAGUCGCCUUCAUGUUCCUCAUGCUCGGUAUGGCGAUCGGCGUGUACGGCAGCUUUGUUGUGGACGUUAUCGUCACUAUCUGCGACUACCUCGACAUCUGGUGCCUGACCAUCAAGCACCCGUACGUCGACGUCAAGGAGCACAACGGCGCAGCUGUUGCCAACGGCAAGAAGGCGCAGUAA